AUGGCAGGAUGGGAUCUACUUAAAAUAUUGCUUGAUGAAGUCCAGGAACAUUCCACCCCCGCUGGAAAGGUCUGGUUGACUGUGCUCUUCAUCUUUAGAAUUCUAAUUCUCAGCCUGGCAGGAGACUCAGUUUGGGGAGAUGAACAGUCUGAUUUCGUCUGCAAUACUGUACAGCCAGGAUGUACCAAUGUCUGUUAUGAUAAGGCUUUCCCUAUUUCACAUAUACGGUAUUGGGUUUUGCAGUUCCUUUUUGUCAGCUCUCCAACCUUGAUCUACCUUGCACAUGUAAUUUAUUUGUCUAGGAGAGAGGAGAAGCUGAGACGCCAGAAUAACGAAAUGAAGACCAUUGAAGCUACAGAAUCUACAAAAGAGAAAGUUAAAAUUCAAGGAGCGUUAAUGUGUACCUACGCAACCAGUGUUGUCUUCAAAAGUAUCUUUGAAGCUGCAUUUGUUUGUGGUCAGUGGUACCUCUAUGGUUUUGUGAUGCCUCCAAUCUUUGUGUGUAUUGGAAAGCCUUGUCCUCAUGUGGUGGACUGUUUUGUCUCCCGACCUAUGGAAAAAACUAUUUUCAUCAUCUUUAUGCUGGUGGUGUCCCUUAUCUCUUUGCUUCUGAAUUUGCUGGAACUUAUUCACCUCGCCUGUAAACAGUUUAAGCAGACUGUUAAAACUGGAGUUCUUUGCCAUCCUACUGGAGGCUACACAAGCACACAGCUAACCAAUCUUCUACAUCCCCAUCAAUCUUACCUUAAUCCUACAGCAUGUGAUCAAGAAACAGAGCUGCCAGUUUACAAUAAAAACUCUGAAAGUAGCAGCUGUCUAGAGAAAGCCAAGGCAUCCUCUGAGUGCUGGUCCCAGAGUGAAUUAUCUGUUGCAGUUACAAAUGCACCUAGUUCAAAGACCAACCUGGCUUCCAAUGCAAUCAGCUACCAGACAUCUAGCAAACAACAAUAUGUCUAG